UGGCUAUCUUACCAAAAUACAAUCAUAUAAAUCAUUCCUUCACCUUGCACAGUAUAGCUAGUACCUCUACAUAGCUUUCUUUCUAUAUUUGUAUCCCUAACAUCGUCUUCCUUAAGCAACAUGUUGGGAAAAAAGAGUUUCAAGAAACUGGCAAAAAAGGUGAAGAAGGGUGUAGGUGGAAUUGACCCUGACCCUGUACGUCACGAGUGUUUGCUGAAGGAAUAUGAAGAAGAAUGUGCUACUAACACACCCCCAAUUGGUUUUUUUGCAGUUUAUGUCGGGGAAGAGCGUCAAAGAUACGUGGUUCCGACCCGUUACCUUUCUCACCCGUUAUUCAAGAUGCUGUUGGAGAAGGCUUACGAUGAGUUUGGAUUUUCACAGAGGAAUGGCCUUGUAAUUCCAUGCAGUGUUUCCACAUUUCAAGAGGUGGUGAAUGCUAUUGAAUGCAACAACGACAAGUUUGACUUGGGAAAGUUUUUUGCAGAAUUUGUUUGAAACACAAGCUCUUUCAUUUUUUUGCUAUAGUCUGAUAACUAUAGCUUCUUUGGUUGGGUUUUUUUUUCUAGCUAUAAUGUAUAUGUAUGACACACACAUGUAGUGCACAACACUCCAGAUAGGUAGGUUUUAACUUCAAAUGAACUUGUUGUAGCAAACAGAUUCAGUUAGAAUAGAUCUGACAUAUAAAAUAGCCAUUUUAUGAACUUUCAAGAUUGGUUUA